GUGCCAGAAAAUGCAAGUUUGCGAGUUGCCGCGGUGAGAAAAGUGAGUGUCGUUGUCUCGAAAGGUUCUUGAGCCCGGUGAAUGUCGUGAAAAUUCCACGAGUAGCGCUCACUGGGUGGGCGAUUGAUUUUCAAAGUGACCGUAGACUGCGAGCGAAUGAACGCCUCUGACGCUUCGGUACGGGUAGCAACCAGCGUUGCCAGAGUUAGAUCUAUUCGAAGUAUCGCGUCGGGUAAAAGUUUUGUGAAGCCACGUAAAACAACGACGAAAAAAAAAAAUAAAAAAAGAUAUUAAUAAAACCAAAACAAAAAAAGAACUAGUGCAAAGGUGUGUACCAGCAAAUGGGAAAAAGCGAGAAGAGCCGACCUUCGCUUUUAAUGAAAGAAAGGAGCGAAGGAGGCUAUACGCGUACAUACCGGUUCGGACUCUCUCUAUCUCUCUCUUUCUCUUUAUCUCCCCGAGCUUGUGCUCGAGGUAUUCCGCGAUUCUCAAAGUAUCCGUUACGACACCAGCAAGGUAUUGCCCGGGUAAUAUCUGAAAUGGUGUCGCAAGAAACACGGUUCUACCGGUCACGAUAUCGUGCAGUCGGGCAUUUGCGUGACCUUGACGUACCCGUUACUCGAGCCACAAAUUCCGUGUCGCGUUUCGGUGUGGCUAUGAGUCGUUCGCGACAAGAUAUCCUCCGACGCUUUCCGAAAAGGUGACGUUCCGCGUACGACAUCCCCGAUGAUGUCCCGAUACACUGAAAAAAGAUUCGCGUACGCGCAAUUCUCUCGUCUGUGUACACACGGUCGGUGUAACACUGAUGAGCGGUCGGUCGGACAGUCGGUCGGUCUUAUCGUGUAUCGUAAUCGGCUACGUGAGUGCCGCCGGUACGGCGUUACCCGGGUAAUGCUCGAGAUAAACUUCACAACCUUAUGCGUUCUCGGUCCGGUAAAUGCAAAAGACCCGCGAAAACUUGGGACCCGACCGACUCGCGUUUUCGCGUGCACGCGACGCCUUCGAAAGGCGAUCUCUGAAUUUGGUUCGACUCAUUGAAAGUCCACGCGACCAACAUUUAUGGAUCGUGGAUCGAAGCGUACUGCAAUUCUGGACAUGCGGAGAGUGGCGAUGGUAAGACAUCGCGACGGGUGAUGUCCAAUACCACAUGUGGAUUUCGCGAAUUCAAAUUCUGAGAAACGCUUUUGACCGGGAAUACUAACUUUUCCGCUGCUCGAACCACUACAGAUGAUACCUAUUUGUGACAUAUAGAAUUUUUAACGUAGGCCAGUCGACCCAAAGGACGAGUGGUACUGGUUCUUCUAGUGGUCUCAUGGCGAUUAAUCCAACGUAUUAUCAUCUUUAUGGCUGUUCUGUCAUGUUUUGAGAAUUAACGUGUUCACUGCUCUCGCAGGAGUUCGGAUCAGCAGUUUUCGCUCCUCCAGUGUCUUCCGGUUCAAGAUAUCCGUAAGGAAUGUCACGGGACUAUGAUAGAAGAAGAGGAGGCAUUGAUAGUGGUAGCAGCUCUAAUAAAUUACGGAUGGAUACCAAUGUAUCCCAACCCAGACCUCAUGGUGAAAAUUCUGGGAAGAGGAGAGAAUUAGAUAGUGUGAUGCGGAAAGCUCGCACAGCAAGCGGAGAACCGAGCAGAGGACAUCCUCGCAGUCCAAGAAGUCCUAGACCUAGGAGUCCCCAUAGCCCAAGACCGCGCAGUCCUCGAACUAGAAGUCCACGUUCGCCUCGCGAUAGAUCGCAUACCAGAGGAAGACCGGCACGAAGUCCAAGUACAGGCAGUACUUGUUCCGAUAGAUCAUGUAGCGUCUGUUCGCCGAAAGAACGACGACGCAUUACCCAACCUUCUCGUUCGCGUUCAAGAUCGCUCACACCGGUUCGAGCUCGAGCACAUCCAAAAGAAAUAAUACCCUCGAGUUCCCGAGUAAUACCGGCUCGAACUAGACCGCGAUCACCUCCUUUGCCUCGUCCACGCACACCCCCACCUACACCGCAACCUCCACCACGUCACCAAAAGGACUACAAAACAAUUAAAGAAAAAGAAGCCAAAGUUCGACGCAAAGAAAAGCAUCAUACUAGAAUCCCAGAAGAUCCACGUGUCCCAGAUCCAAUACCAUUGAUGCGUAAACCUGUAAAGGUAGAAAAAACACAUUCAAGCCACGGAGCAACCCAGAUGAUUAGGCCCCCACCGGAAUCCUCACCCAGUGAAGACAGCGACAGCUCUUCUACUACAUCACACGUGGGACCACCUAGAAUGACUUUAUCAGAACGAUUCGGAAAAAUGGCACAGUGGAGCGUAGAUCGUAGAGAUAUGGAGAACAUGAGAAUUACAAAGGAUGGAGAAAAUGCUAUGAAAGUAGUAAUAGAAGGCGAAGAAAGAAUUGCAAGAUUAGGAUAUGAUUCUCCACCUCCGGGACAUUAUCCUGAAUCACUGUUAGCACAAGGACCAAGAGAUCUUGAAUGUUGGGACGACGUCCGUGUCAGAUAUGAUUAUUACAAAGCAAGAGGAUAUCUUCGAGAUCUCACAUUAGAUGACUACAUAAAGUGGGAGGAAUGGUGGUAUAAAUAUCAAGAAUGGUUAGAGAGGGAACGUUUUUAUGAACAAUGGGCGUCUCCGAACCGUCCUAGUGGAAGCCGCAAGAGACGCGGUAGACGUAACAAUGCAGCUCACUGAAACUUCACAAGCCUGUUGCAAACCAUUCUUGAUUCAUAGACAUUGUCAUCAACAAUACAUACUGUAAUACUUGUUGUGCUUAGAGAGGACUGCAGGUGUGCAAAUGCUCUAUACAUACAUGAAUACAUACCUAUACGAACACACAAACAUAUAUAUAUAAAUACAUAUAUAUAUACAUAGAUAUACAUAUAAUUAUAAUAAAAAGUAUGACUGUGCUGUAAAAACCUCGUUCUCAUCGGUUUAUUAAGUAAACUUUGAUAUUCAAAAUUUAUGUUUUUUUUAUUUUGUUCUUUUUUUCAUUCUUACACGUUACAGUGUACACAGAGUAUUCUCUGUGCUGCCUAAAACAUCAAUACUUAAUCGAAAUAGAUGUACACCUACUUUAUCUUUUCCAAAGAUUAAUGCCCUUACUCUCAGCAAAGAUAUCUUUAGUUAUAAAAUUUUGACUAACUUCAGAAAUCAAUAAAAUAUUACUUUUUAUUUAACGAGAA